GACAAAAUAGCCGAACCAAUAAAGCUAUUUAGACGCUUUAGUGUAUAUUAGCAACUGUGUUUUAAACUCACUUCUGUCGUCUAGUUAGUUAUCCGAUUUAAUGUAAUAUUUACGGUGUUGUUAUUGGUCAGCUAGCGGGCUGGUUGAGUUAGCAUUAGCCUAGCUAGCUAACUGUUAGAUAACAUCCCCGACCAUGAGCUCACUAAGCUACUCUCCUCCUGUUAAAGACGACGAGGAGGAGGAGGAGGAGGUCUGCUUGACGGAGGAAGAGGGAGUGUGGCUGAACGUUGUCGUGAAAGAGGAGAAGGAAGAGGAGGAUGUUACAGUAAAACAAGAAGUAGAGGGUGAGGCUGUUACAGUGAAAGAAGAAGAGAAAGACGUUUCAGUUAAAGAAGAGGAAGAGGAAGCAGCUUUUGCCGAGGAAGGGAAGGUAACUGUCACAUCGAAAAAAGAGCAGGAGGAGACAGGAGGAGAGAGACGUGAAUAUCGUAGAUCCUCUGGGGAUCCUCAACAACAACAUGAUGCUGACGAGGCAGAGAAGAGUUUAUCCGGAUCAGAACACCACAUGGACAACACUAGCAUGCCCCCCUCCACCCUCCCAGAGUCCCCGGGUCGUACCUUUUCUGGUAUCACCUUACUGCUGGGUCUGAAGAGGGUGUCUGUGACGCUGGUGGACUGCAGGAAAACACUGAGGCUGAGUGGAACUACAAGAGGAGGAGGAGAAGAGGAGGAAGAGGGAGAUUUGACACAUCAAAGAGAGAGACGUGACUAUCUUGGAUCCUCCGGGGAGCCUCAACAACCUCAUGAUGCUGACGAGGCAGAGAAGAGUCUCUCCAGAUCAGAACACCUCAAUAAACACCUGCAGAGAUCCACAAGGAAGAGACCUCACUGCUGCUCUGACUGUGGGAAACUUUGCAAAUCUUUAUCGGAACUUAAAAUACACCAGCGAGUAAACACAGGAAAUAAACUUCACCUCUUUUCUGACUGUGGGAAGAGUUUUAAAACAUCACAGUCAUUACAAUAUCACCAAGGAAUUCACACUGGAGAGAGAACCUAUGGCUGUGAUGUAUGUGGAAUGACCUUUACCACCUCGAGUGAACUGAUUUUACACCAGAGAACACACAACCACACGCAUUCCAGAGAGCCAUACCACUGCUCCGACCGUGGCAAGAGAUUUGUUUCAUCGAGCAGUCUAAAACAACACCAGAGAAAAUGCUCAGGAGAGAAGCCUUAUAACUGUGACGUGUGUGGGAAUUAUUGUGUUACGUCAGCAUCUCUGACUCUACACCGGCGUACCCACACCGGAGAAAGACCUUUCCUCUGCGCUGACUGUGGCAAAAGUUUUGUUAGGUCAGAACAUUUAAAAUCACACCAGAGAACGCACACGCGAGCCAAGCCGUAUGUCUGUGAUCAGUGUGGGAAGAAAUUCACUCAAAUCGGUACUCUGGCUUCCCACCAGAGAACUCACACUGGAGAGAAACCUUAUAGCUGUGAUCAAUGUGGGAAGAAAUUCACUCAGUCAGGAAGCCUGACUAUACACAAGCUAACGCACACUCGAGAGAGGCCUCACCACUGCUCCGACUGUGGGAAGAGUUUCACUUUUAUUGGGACUUUAAUACGCCACAAGCGAAUCCACACAGGAGAGAAACCUUAUGUCUGUGCUGUAUGUGGGAAAGGUUUUACUACAUCAGGCAACUUGAUAUCACACCAGAGAACACACACAGGAGAGAAACCUUAUGGCUGUGACCAAUGUGAAAAAAGAUACUCUGAUUCAAGAUACCUGAUUAAACAUCAGAAAAUACAUGCAGGAGAUCCACAGAGUGUAGAAUGAUCUCCAACACCAGACCUGGGUAGUAGAACACAGAGUGUGGAAUGAUCUCCAACACCAGACCUGGGUAGUAGAACACAGAGUGUGGAAUGAUCUCCAACACCAGACCUGGGUAGUAGAACACAGAGUGUAGAAUGUUCUCCAACACCAGACCUGGGUAGUAGAACACAGAGUGUAGAAUGUUCUCCAACACCAGACCUGGGUAGCAGAACACAGAGUGUAGAAUGAUCUCUUUGUGAUAACUGUUGAUGUUGCUGGAUGGAUGGUUCAACUUGUUUCCCCAUUAAGCUCUAAUGUCACAUGAUCAGAUGUAUAAUUUGUAUGUUUAAAAUGAGCAUCCAGACAAUACAUAUCAUGUGUUUGAGAUCCUAGAAGCUGUAACAUUUAGAUUGGCAACUAUAACAUUUAGGACAAUGGUUGUCAUUAUCAACUCCAUUAUAAUAAAUCUACUGGUGGAUGGGGAUGGUUGUCACUAUCAACUCCAUUAUAAUAAAUCUA